AUGGCCAGCAACAACAAUGACGACCAGCAGAACAGCGACCAAUUCAGCGUUGAACGAUUGAUCCAAGAAACUGCUGUUGGCAACCAGUCUCGUCCUCGUCGGGACGGGCAGAACCAAUCAACUAAGAACGGGCAAGCGGUUCCCAUCGGGCAAUCCAAACCCAACAAUGGAAAACCGCCUCCGAGAGACGGUCAGACGGCCACCCCGUCAACCCAAAGCUCCAAACAGGUCGAGGACCUAGAGGCCGAUGCAGAAUCCCUCCAGGUUGAGAUCCCGAUUCCAGAAAACGUUGACCUGGUCACUGUCGCACUGCUCGGCGCAGUUAACCGGACCAACACCCUGCUGUUCGAGCAGAACAAGAGGAUAAUAGCGGCAUUGGAAAAGAAACGCCGAUCCAGGACACCUCCGAAGAGGCGCUACCGCCACCGCUCCUCAUCCAGCUCUCGCUCUCCUCCCAGGAGGAGGUAUCGCAACCGCUCCUACAGCCCCUCCCCUAGACGAGGCAGUCUGUCCCCCGGAUACAAACGCGACCUGUCCGAUUCCGAGAGUCCCCGAGGACGGAAACGGAACAGUGGCGCCGCUUCAAAGAAGACCUCUGUUUCCAAGCACAAAGACCUGUCACCAAGGAAGAAACCCGCCUCCCCUCACAAAGGACGCGGGGAAACCCUCAAGAAAGCUGGAAAGCCCUCCAAGCCGAGACAUUCCCCGAAACGUCCUCGUCGCUACACUCCUUCACCUCCGGAGAGCGACGAGGAGAGACAAAACCCUUUCUCCAAGGAAAUUGUCAAAGCCAGAAUUUCCAGGGGAAUGGAAAAACCUCCGGAGAUGGACCUCUAUGACGGGACCACCGAUCCUGAAGACCACAUCCUCAGUGUUGUGACCAUGCUCGACUACCACUCUGUCAGCGGCGCCAUCAAAUGUCGCAUCUUCCCCACAACUCUGAGGGGAGGCGCAAUGACUUGGUACAAGAAUCUUCCGAGGAAUUCGGUCCGCUCCUGGGCCGAGUUCAAAGACAAAUUCUCCCACCACUUCACCGCGUCUCGUCGGCAUCCGAAGACAGAAGCCUCUCUGGAAGUUAUAGUCUAG